AUGUCAGCACCCAACACGUCGCGAUCCCACCCCACAUUCUUCAUCUUGGUGGGUAUACCUGGGAUGGAGAAGUCUCACACCUGGAUCUCCAUCCCAGUCUGCAUGAUGUACUGUGCUGCUCUUCUUGGGAACUUGGUCCUGCUGGUCACCGUUGCGAAGGAGCGCAGCCUCCAGGAGCCGAUGUACAUCUUCCUGUGCUUGCUGGCAGUGUGCGACCUGCUGUUGUCCACUGCCACUGUCCCCAAAAUCCUUGGUGUCCUUCAGUCUCUGUCCACCCAAAUCUCUUUCAGUGGCUGCCUGGCACAAAUGUUCUCCAUCUAUUUCAUUUUUGUGGUGGAGUCAGCCAUUUUACUGGCGAUGGCCUUUGAUUGGCACAUCGCUAUUUGCAAACCCCUGCAGUACACAGCCGUCCUGACACACUCUGUCAUGGGGAAAGUUGUCAUGGCAGCCUUAAUCAGGAGCUUCUGCAUCAUGUUGCCUGCCAUCUUCCUCCUCAAGCGGCUGCCCUACUGUGGGCACAAUGUCAUGCCCCACACCUACUGUGAGCACAUUGGUGUGGGCCGCCUGGCCUGCACCGACAUCUCCAUCAACAUUUGGUAUGGGGUUGCUGCUGGCUUCCUUUCAGCUGGCUUGGAUGUCAUCUCCAUUGCUGUCUCCUGUGUGCUGAUCCUCAGGUGCCUCUGGGGGCUGCCCUCCCCACGCACCUCCCCCAGGGCUCUGCACACCUGCGGCUCCCACCUCUGCGUCAUCACCAUGUUUUACACACCAGCCUUCUUCUCCUUCCUAGCGCACCGGUUCAGCCAGCACGUUCCUCAGCAUAUCCUCAUUUCCUUUGCCAACCUCUACAUCGUGGUGCUGCCCAUGCUUAACCCUAUCGUCUAUGGGGUGAGAACAAAGCAGAUACGGGAGCAUGUGGCUCACCUGCUCAGGCUGAGGGGCUUGAGUGGCAGGACAUAG